AUGACGAGCAACGAGAAGCCAACAGAGACUGAGGCUAUUGCUGCCGCGCAGCCUCCUCAGAUCAUUCUCGAACAGGCCAACGCAGCUGCCGCGUCUGCUGAACAAGAUACCGAACAAACACCACCCGAGUACCACCACGAACCCCAUGCCCGCCAUCAUGGAGGCUCUACAUCGCAUCUCGACACCAAUGUGCCAGCUCCGGCCUUCAGUCACCAUUUCGGCUCACUCAAGAUCGAACAAAAUGGCAUGGAAACCGACGCCAAGGUGCAGAAAGAUGGACGGAUCAACAUCAAGCUCUGCCAGCACAGCAACAAGCUGUCGAACAUGCUGGUACCAGCCCUGCGCCGCCAGCUGGAAAUACACAAAGCAGAAGCUGCGAAGCAACCAGUCAUUCCGGAAGGCCUGGGCGAGACACAGGAUGGUCUACCACCGCCGCCCAUGAAUCUGGUCAUCCAGAUCGUUGGCAGCAGAGGAGAUGUCCAGCCCUUUGUCGCUCUUGGGCAGGUGCUGAAGAAGAAGUAUGGUCAUCGAGUGCGGAUAGCAACGCAUCCGACCUUUCGAGACUUUGUCGUGGACAAUGGUCUCGAGUUCUUCAGCAUUGGAGGCGAUCCGGCCGAGCUCAUGGCCUUUAUGGUCAAAAAUCCGGGAUUGAUGCCGGGCAUGGAUUCGCUCAAAAGCGGCGAUGUCGGCAAGAGAAGAAAGGGCAUCUACGAAAUCGUCACAGGCUGCUGGAGGUCAUGUAUAGAGUCAGGCGAAGGCACAGGCAUACCAGCUUCCGACUCACAUCUGGACGAGGUACGCAGCUUCGACAGCGCUGAGACUUUCGGCGACCCCAGCCAGAAGCCAUUCAUCGCAGACGCGAUCAUAGCCAACCCUCCGUCAUUCGCGCACAUGCACAUAGGCGAGAAACUCGGAAUUCCAGUGCACCUUAUGUUUACGAUGCCUUGGUCUCCUACUCAGUCCUUUCCCCAUCCGUUGGCAAACAUAAUCUCGUCGAACACGGAUCCGAACAUGGCCAACUUCAUGUCUUAUGCGCUGGUUGACAUGCUGACCUGGCAAGGACUGGGAGAUGUGAUCAACAGAUUUCGGCAACGCAGCCUGAACCUCGAGCCAGUUAGCAUUAUGUGGGCUCCGGGCAUGGCAGCCCGUCUGCGCAUACCUUGGACAUAUUGCUGGUCUCCUGCACUAAUCCCAAAGCCUGCGGACUGGGGCAACCAUAUCGACAUUUCAGGAUUCUACUUUUUGAACCUUGCGAGCAAUUAUACGCCAGCGACAGAUCUGGCAGCUUUCCUUGAGGCUGGACCACCGCCCGUGUAUAUUGGUUUUGGCUCUAUCGUGGUAGACGAUCCAAACGCGAUGACCAAGAUGAUCUUUGAGGCGGUCAAGAAGACAGGACAGCGAGCGCUAGUCUCGAAAGGCUGGGGAGGAUUAGGCGCUGACGAAAUGGGCAUACCUGAGGGUGUGUUCAUGCUCGGCAAUUGUCCUCACGAUUGGCUGUUCAAACAUGUGUCAUGCGUGGUACACCAUGGUGGAGCUGGCACUACUGCAGCUGGUAUCGCAGCUGGGCGACCAACCGUUGUGGUUCCGUUCUUUGGCGAUCAGCCAUUCUGGGGAGCGAUGUGCGCCCGUGCUGGAGCUGGCCCAAUGCCGAUCGCAUACAAGGACUUAACAGCGGAUAAGCUGGCAGACCAGAUCAAGAAGGCACUCGAGCCGGCCUCCUUAGAGCGUGCCGCUGAGCUCAGCAACAAAAUCAAGUCUGAGCAAGGUAGCCAAACAGGUGCAGAGUCUUUCCAUCGGCAAUUACAUGUCGAAGAUCUGCGAUGCUCCUUGUGCCCGGAUCGAGUGGCUUUAUGGCGAGUCAGACGAACAGAUAUCCGCCUGUCUGCAUUAGCAGCAACUGUAUUGGGUACAGAAGGCCUACUCGACUUCAAUGAUCUCAAGCUCUAUAGACCACGAGAGUAUGAAACUGAUGACGGACCUUGGGAUCCUGUCACUGGCGGUGCAUCCGCUCUGAUUGGCACGAUCGGCCAGUUCAGCAUGGGCAUUGCCGACUUUCCUGUGGAGAUCCUGAAGUCGCUCAAGCAAUCAACCAACGACGUCAAAGAAGGACAUGAGAUGCACCGAGCAUCUAAGUCUUCUCCCAUACCACCAUCAUCUCAGAACCCAUCUAGCUCUGAUUUGACUAAGGUAGAUACGAAGUCUACAGUGGACAGCUCCAAGGCGACUUCGCCACUUUCAGGAGACUCGCCGGUGACGUCCCCGCCACGAACGCCUUCCCUUUCCACGGCGAAAACUGUAGUCGAUGAUGAAUCGCAACGUGGUCGCCACUCAGGCUCGAUAGCCAGCGUGUUUGGGCCUGAUGGUGAAAGUCGUCAUGGUUCUCGCCGACUCUCUGGUGGUCACUCUCGUUCUCGCUCCCGUGAUCCGAGAGGUGAACAGGAGUUCAAACCUGGCGAAGAUUUGCAAUACAUCACCAUGGAGUCAGCCAUAUCUGGCGCGAAGGCUGCUGGUAGAAUUGCCAGCGCCGGCAUCAAAUCGCCUAUGGACUUCACUCUGUCGAUUGCGAAGGGCUUUCACAACGCUCCGAAGCUGUACGGUGAUGACACAGUCCGCAAGCCGGAGAAGAUCACAGACUUUCAAUCUGGUCUUAAAGCAGCUGGCAAAGAGUUCGGAUACGGAUUCUAUGAUGGCAUCACGGGACUAGUGACACAACCCAUUGCCGGAGCACGCAAAGAGGGCGCUGCAGGCUUCCUCAAAGGCGCAGCCAAAGGCAUUGGAGGUCUUGUGCUCAAGCCAGGUGCAGGUGUAUGGGGUAUUCCAGGCUACACAGCCAAAGGAGUGUAUGCCGAAAUCACCAAGCACUUUGGCAGCUCAGUGCAGAAUUUCAUCAUUGCUGCACGCACAACGCAAGGCUACGAUGACUGGAAAAACAGUACUCCAGAAGUUCGAGCUCAAAUCGUUACAGCUUGGAAGGACACCCAAAUCGAGGGCCGAAAGCAUGGCAAGAAGUUCGGCAAGGAGCGUCAGCACGAGAUUGAAGAUCAUAUCCUGACCAGGACGGCCAGCAACAAUGAGCAGCUCUUGAGCGGCUUCAGCAACACGAGGAAGUUGACUUGGGACGAACGGAAGGCUCUUGCAGCGAGAAAAGACGAGCAGCGCAAGCGCGAAAAGGACCUGAAACGAGCCGAAGAGCAGAGAAAGAAGGAUGAGAAACAUGCAGGUGGUCACCACCGCAAGCACAGUCUAUUCAAGCACGACAGCAACCAAGGCUUGAGACACAGUGCCACCAUGCCUGUGGCAAAGUCCGCAUCACAAGUCGAUGUUGGGGAGGAGUUUGAGAAGGCUAUCAAGGCCUCAGUCGCUGCUACCAGCAGAGGCAACCCACAAGAAGACGCUAUGAUUGAGCGUGCUAUUCGAGCUAGCGUGAAUGAGCUGCACCGCUCGCAGACUGCUCCUUCUGUAGGGGCGCAAGACGAUGAGGUCUAUCAAAGAGCUGUCAAAGCCUCAAUCGAAGAGGCAAAGAAGGCCCGCGGCGAACUUUCCGAAAGUCCGCAGGAUACUGGCGAACAUACUGGCAGAGAUGAUCACGAUGCUGAGCUUGAGAGAGUCCUCACUCAGAGCCUUGAGGAAUACAAAAUAAGUCAGACCAAGUCGGCAUCGCAGGGCCAUUGGGAUGACGGCGACUCCGACCACGAUAGCGAGGCGGAUGAGGCAUUGAAGCGUACGCUGGAGGAGAGCAAACGUCUUCACACCGAACAGCAGAGUCGUCAACAGACCGGCAUCGUUUCUCGCGAGCCUGUGACAAGUGCAAACAUCACCAGUCCUGCUCGCGAAAGCAACGACGAUGAGCUGCAGCGUGCGAUCACCGAGAGUGAAAGAGAAGCUAAGCAGCACGAGGAGGAACUGCAGCGAGCCAUGACUGAGAGCGAGCAGCACUCAAAGGACAACGAGGCUGAGAUUGCGAAGCAGAGGACUGAGGAGGAGAUAGUGCUGGAGUAUGUGAAGAAGCAGAGUCUGCUUGAGGAAGAGCUUCGAAAGAAGAAAGCUGGGGAGGCUCCGACAUAG